AACAUGGAGGUUGCUUUGGAAAUGGAAGAUGAUUUAUUUUUUGCAAAUUUGAGCAAGGAAAUUGCUCUCCUAAUAAUGGAUGAAGAUGAAGAUCCACUUGCUUCUCAACCUCCAAACUCUCUUCAGGAUUUCUCUAGGGCAAUUCAUCCUCCUCCACAGUUUGAUUUCUUCUAUGAGCAAGCUUUGAUUAGAAGAGAAAGCAAAGGAACAGGAGUGUUUAUCCCACAAGCAACACAACCAAGAAGGAGGUACAAGAAAGGAAGAUCUAAUUCAUUCUCAAAAUAUCAAAAGCAGUCUCAAGACACAAGAAUGAUUUCUCAAGUUCCUAACAAGAAUUCUAUCAAACAGUGAAAAUAUGAAGAUCCUUCUAGUUAAGCUGUGUGAUUUUAUAAUUAAUGAUUAAUUUGUUUAGCAUAUUGUUUAAUUAUUUAUUGUCUAAUUAAUUCUUUAGCCUUUAGGCAAUAAUUGUAUGGCUAAUUAUUAAGUUCUAUUAUUUGUAUAAAGGUGGAUAUGUACAUGGGAAAACCAUAUAUUAUAUACACCUAAAUAUUAGUCAUCAUGUAGGAGGGUUCAACCAAAGGUUUUGCAACCUCCACUGUGUGGACAAGCAUUUUGUGGUUAUCUAGUAUCAUAUGAUAAGUCUGUCCUUUUUCUGUUAAUGAUAUUAAUGAUACUAUUUUUCAAUAUUUUUGAA